CGCUCGCACCGCUCCGCAUCGCACGGACCUGCCGGCAGCCCCGGAGAUGAGGAGAGUUUGCACGCUGCCCCUCUGGCUCUGGCUCGGCAUUGUCUCGGAGGCAGAUCUGGUGAGCAGCUAUUCUAUGACCCCUCCUACUCUCAGCAUCACCGAGGAGGAACACGUCAUCAACGCCAAGGACACACUGACCAUCACCUGCAGAGGCCAGCACCCCUUGGAGUGGUCGUGGCCCGGGGGCAAGGUAGACCCCGCUGGGAAGGAGGAGACCGAGUUGGUGGCCUCAGCAGCCCCCAGCAGUGGCCGGGCGAUCCGAGAAGAGGACUGUGAGGGGACUGGCACGAAGCCGUACUGCAAAGUCCUGGUGCUGACGGAGACACAGGCGAACGACACGGGUUACUACCGCUGCUACUACAAGUACAUUGAUGCCAAAAUCGAGGGCACCACAGCGGUGGGCACCUACGUGUUUGUAAGAGAUUUUGAACAGCCAUUUAUCAACAAGCCAGAGACCCUCCUCAUCAGCAAGAAGGAGAACACUUGGGUACCAUGCCUUGUGUCCAUCCCAGAUCUUAACGUCACACUGACCUCGCAAAAUUUCUAUAUCCACCCUGACGGGAAAAGCAUUUUCUGGGACAACAAGAAGGGAGUGCAGGUACCGACACACAUGAUCAGGGACUUCUUGUUUGUCCAGUGUGAGACUGUCAUCGACAAGAAGGUCUUCAAAUCCAAUUUCUUCAUCAUCCAUAUAGCAGGGAGCGAGCUGUACGACAUCCAGCUGUAUCCCAAGAAAGCCAUGGAGCUGCUAGUGGGAGAGAAGCUGGUCUUGAACUGCACAGUGUGGGCUGAGUUCAACUCUGGCGUCCGCUUCCAGUGGGCUUACCCUGGAAAACAGACACAGCGAGCAGUGGUGGAGUCCGAGCGCCACUCCCUGCAGACACACACGGAGCUCUCCAGCAUCCUGACCCUCCACAAUGUCAGCCAGCAGGACCUGGGCGAGUACAAAUGCACUGCCACCACCGGCGCCCAGAUGCUGGAGGAGAGCACCGACGUCAUCGUGCACGAAAAGCCCUUCAUCAACGUGGAGUGGAGGAAGGGCCCGGUGAUAGAAGCCACUGCAGGAGAUGAAGCCGUGAAGCUGCCAGUGAAAGUUGUGGCUUACCCCCCACCAGAUUUCCAGUGGUACAAGGAUGGAAAGCUAAUUCCCAAGCAAUCUCAAUCUUCAAUGCAGAUCAAGGAUGUGUCGGAGCAGCACGCCGGGACAUACACGCUGGUUCUGCGGAACAGGCUGGCGGGGCUGGAGAAGCACAUCAGCCUCCAGUUAAUCGUCAAUGUCCCUCCACGCAUCCAUGAGAAGGAAACCUCUUCCCCAAGCAUCUACUCCAAGAAGAGCCCCCAGGCCCUCACCUGCACUGUCUAUGGCAUCCCAGCGCCAGAGGUGAUCCAGUGGCAGUGGAGGCCGUGGAUGCCAUGUCGGAUGUUCUCCCGACGCAGCCUCAGCAGCAGGCACCGGGCAGCAAGACGCCAUCAGCGGGACCGGAUGCCCGAGUGCAAGGACUGGAAAGACGUGACACAGCAGGAUGCAGUGAACCCCAUCGAGAGCAUUGACACCUGGGUGGAGUUCGUGGAGGGGCGUAACAAGACAGUCAGCAAACUGGCCAUCCAGGAGGCCAACAACUCAGCCAUGUACAAGUGUAUUGCCUCUAAUAAAGUGGGUCGAGACGAGCGGCUCAUCUACUUCUACGUGACCACCAUUCCAGACGGGUUCGAGAUUGAGUCCCAGCCCUCAGAAGAGCCCAUAGAGGGGCAGGACCUACAGCUGAGCUGCAAUGCAGACAACUACACCUAUGAGAACCUGCAGUGGUAUCGGCUGAACCUCUCCAAGCUCCACGAUGAAGAGGGCAAUCCCCUUGUGCUGGACUGUAAGAAUGUCCACCACUAUGCCACCAAGAUGCAGGGGGAACUGCGCUUUCAGCCCCACUCCAAUGAUGCCACUUUGCUGCUCACCAUUCCCAACAUCUCCCUGAAUGAGGAGGGAGACUACGUGUGUGAGGUGCAGAACAGGAAGACCCGGGAGAAACACUGCCACAAGAAAUACAUCUCUGUGCAGGCCCUGGAGAUCCCCCGCCUCAAGCAGAACCUGACAGACAUUUGGGUGAACGUCAGCGACUCCAUAGAGAUGCGCUGUAAGGUGGACGGCAACCACAUUCCUGCAAUCAGCUGGUACAAAGACGAGAAACUGGUGGAAGAAGUGUCAGGGAUUGACCUGGCGGACUUCAACCAGAGGCUGAGCAUUCAGAGGGUGAGAGAGGAGGAUGCUGGGCUCUACCUGUGCAGCGUCUGCAAUGCCAAGGGCUGUGUGAACUCCUCAGCCAGCGUCUCUGUGGAAGGCUCUGAUGACAGGACCAAUGUGGAGAUUGUCAUCCUGAUUGGGACUGGUGUUAUUGCUGUAUUCUUCUGGAUCCUCCUUAUUCUCAUCUUCUGCAACAUCAAAAGGCCUGCCCACGCAGACAUCAAGACAGGCUACCUCUCCAUCAUCAUGGACCCCGGCGAGGUGCCCUUGGAGGAGCAGUGCGAGUACCUGCCCUAUGAUUCCAGCAAGUGGGAGUUCCCACGAGAUCGCCUGCGCCUGGGUAAAGUCCUGGGUCACGGUGCCUUCGGGAAGGUGGUGGAAGCAUCAGCAUUUGGGAUCAAUAAAAGUAACAGCUGUGAGACCGUAGCAGUCAAAAUGCUGAAAGAGGGAGCUACCGCGAGCGAGCACAAGGCACUGAUGUCAGAGCUGAAGAUCCUCAUUCACAUUGGGAAUCACCUCAACGUGGUGAAUUUGCUGGGUGCCUGUACCAAACCCAAUGGUCCACUCAUGGUUAUUGUUGAGUUCUGCAAAUAUGGCAACCUCUCCAACUACCUGCGGACCAAGAGGGAAGGAUUCAGUCCUUACAGGGAGAAGUCUCCCAGGCUGCGUAUCCAGGUGCAGUCCAUCGUGGAGGCCGUGAGAGCAGACAGGAGGAGCCGCUCCGGGACCAGCGACAGCGCCAUCUUCCACCGCUUCCUCAUGCACAAGAGCCAGACAGCACACCCCAUCCAGGAAGUGGAUGACUUGUGGCAAAGUCCCUUGACAAUGGAAGACCUGAUUUGCUACAGCUUCCAGGUAGCACGUGGCAUGGAGUUCCUGGCAUCUCGAAAGUGCAUCCACAGAGACCUGGCAGCUCGCAAUAUCCUGCUGUCAGAGAACAACGUGGUAAAGAUCUGUGACUUCGGCCUGGCCCGGGACAUCUACAAGGACCCUGACUAUGUCAGGAAAGGCAGUGCCCGUCUCCCACUGAAGUGGAUGGCUCCAGAAAGCAUCUUUGACAAGGUUUACACUACACAGAGUGAUGUCUGGUCCUUUGGGGUCCUCCUCUGGGAAAUCUUCUCACUAGGGGCAUCUCCAUAUCCUGGAGUCCAGAUCAACGAGGAGUUCUGCCAGAGGCUCAAAGACGGUACCAGGAUGAGAGCCCCAGAGUACGCCACGGCAGAAAUCUACCGUAUAAUGCUGAGCUGCUGGCACGGUGAUCCCAAGGAGAGACCGACUUUCUCCGACCUAGUGGAGAUACUGGGGAACCUUCUUCAGGAAAACGUCCAGCAGGAAGGGAAGGAUUACAUCCCACUGAACGACUCUCACAGCUCAGAAGAUGAUGGGUUCUCCCAGGUGCCUUCCUCUGCCCAGCAAAACUCAGAUGAAGAGGACUUCGACAUGAGGAUACGCUGCCACAGCCUAGCAGCAAGAUACUACAACUGUGUCUCGUUCCCUGGUUGUUUGACGGGAGGAAAUCAGAUCAGGUGCCCAUCCAGGAUAAAGACAUUUGAAGAGUUUCCCAUGACACACACAAUGUACAAGGCACACCCGGACAAUCAGACAGACAGUGGGAUGGUUCUGGCAUCUGAGGAAUUUGAGAGGAUAGAAAACCGACACAGAAAAGAAGGUGGAUUCAGUAAAGGGCCCAGUCGAACAGGGGAACAGUCGGACCUGCGGGGCAGAUGUCGACCGUCGUACGGGUCCCAAGUCGGAGGCCAGACUUUUUACAACAGUGAAUACGGGGAGCUGUCAGAACACUCUGAGGACGGCAGCUGCACCCCGCCUGGAGAGGGGGCCAGUCCCCCCACUCUCCACGCUUCUUUCUUCUCCGAGCAGUACUAAUGGCACCAGGCCCUGGAGGCGCUUGCCAAGGCGUCCCCUCUUACCUUCCAGGCACGUCAUCAGGGUCACUCAGAGCUUCUCCUUCAAUCUAUGCCCAAACCCAACAGGGAACCUACCCCAAAUGGAUGGGGAACACUGAUGUCCUUGGAACCGCAGCACAAUGGCUCAUACAGCACCUCCAGCUACAGCUUCCCCGUGCCGGGACUACAGAGAGCACCUCCCUGGUUCCUCGUGUUUCCUUUCUCCCUGCGGCUCGGACAGAUGCGUUCUGCCGGCGAGUGGGUGCCUGUAUUCAGCACUACGGCACCUUCUGCCUGCCAUCCAGCCUCCACUCAGAUCAGCUUCCCAUUCAGAAAGCCCAUUUCAGGUCAGAUAUAAAUAGAUCUGUUUUAGUCUCAAGUUUCUUCCUGGUGUGCAGCCUGAAUGUUUUUCCUUGGAUUGCUUCCUCCUCCCCUCCUCAUGAUGUCAGCUGCUGAGCUGCAGAGCAGAAUCAAAAGGAAGAAAUCCCUUGUGGUAUUAGCAGCAAGAGCAGGACAUUUUAAAGAGGUGUACUGAGAGAUCCCAAGGGAUCUUUGUAAAUGCUCGUGCAUGCUGCUCAUUCUGAGUAGGUGCCAGCCUCUCCAUCUCCUCUGCAAGCAACACCCACACCCCUCUCAUCUCUGCUGGGGGGAAGCCUGCCCAUCCACCUUAUCACCAAGGUUAUUUUAGCCAUCUCAACACAGCUAGUGCUGAGCAGGUCAUCAGAUGAUGGCUAAAGUGUUCCCACAGUGAGAUAAAUAGCAACUCUUUUUGCAGGCCCUGUGCAAAACAGGGGUUUUAUGAUCUGUGGUGGGAGCAGGUUACUCACAGGUCUGCUGCUCUCGCCUUCCCCUUCUCCCAGAGCAGCGCUGAGAUCAUUUGUUGCUCGAGUGAGAAAUUAAAGCAAAGCUGGGUUAAUUUCAGCUGUCUUCCAAACACAGAGCGAAAAUGGGCUGUUUACUGGGAGGAAAAGGAUCAAAGGGGUAGGGAGUGAAAUGUUUAUUUUCAAGCUGCUGCAAGCGUUUUGGAAACAAUGGAAGGAACAGAGCUCCAGCAAUGAAGUGCCUGGGUUGCAUCCCCCUGUGUGUUGGCAUCACUGAGCACAUGGGCGGCAGCACCUGGCCAAGGCUCGAGCCCUGAUUCUCCUGGGUGGACAGUUCUGCACCACGACCUUUCCUGUUGCCCAAAUUCCCUGAUUCGAAGGAGGCACUCUCUGCCCAGAGAGCUCCUCUCCAGUUUCUGUUGCAGAGCUGCCAGCAUACCUGUCUCUGGGGGAUUAAGGAACAUGUUUGCUGAGGAAACAACUCAUCACUUGGGCCUUUUGUUUCUAAAAGAUACCAUGUGAAUUCAGAGCUCUGAGGAACCUCCACAGCCCUUCUCUAGAUUUCUGUGCUGCUGCCUCACCACUUCCCACCUACUUCUUUCCAUCCUGCUCCCAAUCCAAGAGCUCAGCCACAGAGCAUGGUUACAUCACCGCCACAGGAGUCUGGGUGAAGAGGCUUGUCUGAACAGCUUAUCAUCAUCUCUUCUCCCACAUGCCCGUGGCUGGCAGAGCUCUGUGCACCAGGGCAUCUCAGCACCAGGGAGUUUCUGCUUGCAGGCCAUACCUUUGUCACAGAGCCAAGGCUUUGGACUUUUAAAACUGUGUUUCCUGUCAGAUGUACAGCUUUCCCAAACUGUAUUUCUUUUCCAGCAGAGGGUUUUGCGCGUUUCCCGACGUAAGCCCUGAGAGUCCUUACGGAUGAUGUUGCCAAGUCUUAAUUAUAGUUCUCUGCACAAGUGUAAUGGGGAGAUUUAUUUAGCACAUGGGAAAAGCACGCCUGUCAUUCAGAUUCUCUAAGCCUGUGCAGCACGCAGUUCCCCUCCCUUUUUGUGUCAGCAGGAUGACAUGGCUGCGAUUUCCAUGGCAAAAAAGAGGCACAAAAGUGGACCAGCUUGAGCCAAACUGGCUCAAGAUGUGGAAUUGAAAACCGCAUGUGACAAUUAAUUCCCUGACUUCUACUGGUGUCCCCUGAAGUUGCCAGGAAUUUAAGCAUCUCUAAGUAAUUGUUGUGACUCAGUAAGAAUCCUCUGGCAGGAGAUGCUGGAGAGCCAGGCCAAGUAAGCAGGACGGCCAACGGGGCGUAGGCCAGACCAAAUUCUUCUGCCCUCAUCUUGCCCUGGUUUUUGAACUGGUGGUUCCCUUGGCAGAAGGAAGGUUGCAAGUGCCCUGUGCUGCUGGAGGUCUCCACUGGCAUUCACAUGGGUAGAAGGUGGCGGGCUGAGCUAAAUUCAGGCUGCUCACUGGAUGAUGUGCCCAGGCUCUCUUGUUUCCAGUGCUCCACAAGAGUUCUCUGCCUGGAAACACAGUCCCAUCUGAGAGAUGGCCCAAGAAAGAGGACUACAAAGAAAAUAAUAGUUGAAAAACAGGAUUCCAAAGUAGCUGCAAGUCCUUGUCCAUAUGUGAGGGAUAGAUACGUACUAGCAAAGCCCAGCUUGCAGGACAGCAGAAGAAUUACUCAGCAGAAAGGGGACAGAGGCAUCCGAGCGCCCAGGCUCGUUGUCAGUGUGGCCAUCCAGCCAGGACAGCUGCACUUUGUCUCUAGGUUUAGCUGUAAAUUGCUCACAAGCAUCUUUGUGGAGAAGGGUUACUUCAUUAGAGCCAUUGUUAACGAUCCCCUAUUUCACCCUGGGGAAAGCGCUGGUGUGACAUCUGAUUUUUGAACAUUCAAGUCCACAGAAGUUUAUUUUCUCUGUCUCGCACCAUCUUGAUGGGUGGGGGUUGAAUCAGAUCCUAUUUUAUCUGUGUCAACAGCGUUGCAUGAACAAUGCAGCUUGAUAGGAGCAAACCCUGGCUCCUCUUCAGACACUCCUGUGAUGAAGAACUGUAGUGUGGGAUAUUGGAGAGCUGUUGAGACAAUUGUACUUUUGCUCUCUAAAAGUAUACUAAAAUUAGAUGUACAAACCUGAUAACCCUUCCCACUCUCUUGCAUUAUUUCUGGCUUUUUAUUUUUACAGUCUCCAGAUAGCAUGAGCAUGAAGUGAAGCUGGUCUGUUUUGGUUUUAAGAUGUGAGACAACAGUGUUUUCUGUCUUUCCACAGCAACAAGGGAGUAUUUCAACUUUUAAAACCCAGGGCUCGGUAAUUGUGCCUGCUUGUUCACAAUGCACUCUCUGUUUUGUUUUGUUUUGUUUUGUUUGGGCUUUUUACUGGAACUCAACACUGAAGCUAAGCUAUUUAUCAUCAUCACCACCUUCCUUUAAAAUGACUGUUUCCGCUCUAUGCUCAGCCUCAUUUUUUCUUACAAAAUGUUGGUGUUGAGGACAUUCCUCCCUCCUGAAAACAAUAUGUUGGGUCCCCUACUUGCGAAUACAUGUGGGUCUCUGAAGAAAAACCUGUGUAUCAAGUAACAUUUCAUUUAUAUUGCAAUACUUUAACCUGGUACCUGUUGUUGCUGCAGCAGCAUUCAGUGUUUCAGUUGGCUGCCUUUGAAGCAAGUAGGUUACAACAUGGGUUAUGUGCGAGUACAAAGCGUGGUCUGUGUGUAUGUGAGUGUGUUAUGUGUGAGUGUGGGGGUGUUUGCACGUGAGUUUUCCUACCAGUGAGCAUAUGUGAGUGUUUAUAACUCACGUUGAGUCUCCUCUCUGGAAGUUCACAGUUAUAUAUCAAACCAGUUAGAACACUGCUUCCUUUCCUCUCCUCCUAUAGUACUUGUUAUCCUUUGUCAUUAAGAGUUUUGUUGUUAUAUCUAAAUGUGAAAAUGAAUAAAGUCAUAACUGGCAGCUGCUCUCUGGUUCCUGGGGCCACCACUGCCCCUGCAGCCCCGGGCAGCCCAGCCCUGGCCAAGCCAUCAGCACAUUUGGGGGUUUAUUAUUUUUACUUUGCGCCCGUUUGCAUUUCCCCGCAUCCUCUCGGAAACAGCUGGCCUUUGUGGUGUUUCCAUCCAGGAUGAAACUCCGUCUUUUCUCAUGGUGAAGCCGGAUACGCUCCCAAGCUCGGUGGCAGGAGCCAGCAGCACAGCACCCAGCACUCAGCUCUCAGCACUCAGCACUCAGCAUCCAGCACCCAGCACCCAGCACUCAGCACUCACACUCAGC